AUGCAAAUGAAUAGGAUAAACAUACUUACCAGAGUCUUUGGCAUACUCGCAUUCACCAUCUUUCAACCGAACCAACUGCUGCAUGAUGCCGCACAAUUGAAGGCUGCAACGACUCCUGAGCUUGUCGCAGCGACUGACCAGCCAAACGCAAACGAUGAAAUUAUUGUUGAAAGUAAUGCCGAUGCAAACAUCAACCCAGAAUCAACAGCCGUCGAGGAGUUUGAAGUUGCGACAACGCAGAAUGCUGCAGAAGAAAAUUUGAUCAAAGUUUUUGAUGAAUCAACACAGGAAGUUGGACGAAUUUUUCCGACUCGCCCAAAUGACGAUCGCGACGCACAAUCCAUCAGUGCGGCCGUUUUAUCCGAACUCAUGCCAGGCAAUCAGAAGAUAGGGGCUCCGAGUGGUGUUUCUGAUCAAUUUGUGGUCCCUUCUUCAAAUGUGAACAAUUCUCCGAACAAUAAGGAAAAAAAUAAUAAAGCAAAUCAAACAGCAGCACUUGACUUGAAACAUGCUUCACAUAAAAAAGUUAAUUUUAAUGAGUUGAAUGUUGAAAAACAAAAACCAGAAUUUGCUAGCGAGCCCAGCGUCAGUUCAGAUUCACAGAGUGACCUACAUGGAGCAAGUUCAGAGGCACAGAAUGGCUCACCCCCAAUCAGCUCAGAUGCACAAAAUAAUCUACCUAAUGCCAGCUCAGGGCAACAAAUAAUUAAAAAAAAGAAUGCUGCAGAAAAUGCUAGGUUGAAAGAAUUGAGAGGGCAAGAUGAAAAGCCAGCUGACGCUGGUGGUGGGGGAAGCAUGAUGAAAAUCAUCGUCAUCGUCGUUGUUGUCGGCCUGUUGGCGGUCAUCAUUGGAGGGAUUUAUUAUUGGUACCGCAAAAAUAAAGAUAAAAAGGCCGAAGAAGAAAAAAAGGAAAAAAAGCCAACAGAUAAAUCCAAGAAAUCUUCACGGUCCUCAUCCAAAUCCCCCAAAGUCUCAAAGUCCGACAGCAAGGCAACACUCAAGUCAAGUAAAAAGAAAAAAGAUAAAAAGAAAAAAAAGUUUGGAUUAUUUGGAAGAAAGGACAAAACGGAUAAAAAAGCAGCCGGAUCGAAGAAGAGCAAAAAAUCUCCAUCAAAAGCCUCCAGCGAAAAAGCCCCGACACUAACCACUCCGAAAAGUCGGUCAAAAAAGAGUUCCAAAAGUAGUGAUAAGGUUGAUAAAAAGGUUGAUAAAAAGGUUGAUAAAAAGUCAAAAAGCAAGACGGACGUGAAGAAAAAAGAUUUUAAGAAGACGCCAGAAGGUACUACCGUAGAGAAGGUCCUGUCGACGACGUAUCAUGAGCCGUACCUUAGUUUGUACAGUCCUAGCGGUUCGACAAGCUCCAUUGAGUAUGUACGGUCAGAUCUCUCGAAGGCAGCCGAGGAGGAGAAGAAGAAGAAGAGGUUCAAUGAGUGGAAAGCCUACAAGGAUCACGGACCAAAAGAACCUGACGGCCAAAUCAAGCCUGUCAAGACGAUCGCCGAGUUCUACCAGCCACACGAUGAGAAACAACCACUGCUGGAUUCGUCUGUGAAGAAAGUCUCGCUGAACUACGGCAAGGAUUCAAAGAAACCAGGUGAAUUGAAGAUUGCGCAUAAUCAAACAAUCGUACUAAACCAUCCGAAAAAAACUUACGUGAAAAACACCAUCAUUCAAGAGUACAGCGAGUACAAGGUGCAGAAGAAAAAGAAGAAGGCAGUGCCGACAAAGGAAUCGACUACCCCUUCGUCGGCCCUCAUCUCCGACACCACUGCCGCCACCACUACCACUCCCUCUGCAACCUCCUCCAGAUUAAGUGGUGAUGAUUUUUUUAAGUUCAAGUGGUGA